CCUGACCCUGUCUGUGCCUUAUUCCUUGUGGGUGCACCAGUCAACCCGUUCAACAUGUCGCACGCAAACCCCGAUUCCAAGACGGAGGCAGAGGUCUCCAGGGCACAGACGGCCGACGACUACGAUGCUGGAAACUUGAAAGAGGAUGCCGGUCAGAAGCGGGAUUACAGCGGUGCCGUGACCAGCACCGACCCAGCCGAAAAGGCGCUUGUUCGGAAGUUGGACUGGCGCAUCAUGCCCACGCUCUGCGUCAUGUACUUUCUCAACUAUGUCGACCGCAACGCCAUCGCGCAGGCGCGUCUCAACGACCUCGAAAAGGAUCUGGGCAUGAGCGGUUUCGACUUUAACGUCGCCGUCUCGAUCCUCUUUGUCGGCUAUGUGCUGUUCCAGAUUCCCAGCAACAUGUUGAUCACGAGGAUACGACCUAGUAUCUACAUGAGCUCAUGGAUGAUCGUCUGGGCCAUCGUUUCUGCCUGCACUGCGCUGGUCCACAACAGGGGUGGGCUGAUUGCUUCUCGUUUCUUUUUGGGUAUCACCGAGGCUCCGUUCUACCCCGGUGCGACCUACAUGCUGUCCAUCUUUUAUCCCCGCAGAGAGGUCGCAACCCGCAUCGCCCUUUUGUACUGCGCGCAGAUUCUCGCAACUGGCUUCUCCGGUCUCAUCGCCGCCGGGGUUUUUGCAGGCCUGGACGACGUCCGAGGGAUUAGCGGUUGGCGAUGGUGGGUAACUCCCUUUCUCAACCAAACCACGUGGGUCCAAUUUCUGACGCAAAAGACCGGCAUCAGGCUCUUCAUCAUCGAGGGCGCAGCCACCGCUCUCGUCGGCCUUCUCGGCUUCUGGGUGCUUCCCGACACGCCGCUGACGACGCGCUGGCUCAACGAGGACGAGCGCAAGAUUGCGCAUGAGCGCAUGGAGCGCGACCGCGUCGACGACCAGGGCGAGUCGUCGGUCAUGGUCGGACUCAAGCAGGCCGUCAAGGACCCCAAGGCGUGGGCGUUUUGUCUCAUGCAGAACUUGCACCUGUCGGCGUGUUCCUUUAACUCGUUCUUCCCGACUGUCGUCAAAACCCUCAAGUUCAACACCACGCAAACCCUCCUCAUGACCUGCCCGCCCUUCAUCGUAGCGGGCAUGUUCGGCAUCGGCUUCGGCUGGUCUUCGGGCCGGCUGCACGAGCGCACCUGGCACAUCACGGUGGGCCUCGCCCUGGCCGUGGUGGGCUUCGUGCUCGCGGCCGCCGAGAUGAGCGUGGCGGGCCGAUACACGGCGUGCUUCAUCUUCGCGGCCGGGGCCUACUCGGUCAACUCGGUCAUCAUCGGCUGGGCGUCCAGCACCUGCUCGCAGACAAAGGAGAAGAAGGCCGUCGUGCUGGCCAUGACCAACGUCGCCGGCCAGAUCGGUUACAUCUACGGCGCCUACAUCUGGCCCAGCACCGACGAGCCGAGGUACACGAUCGGCUUCAGCGCCAGCGCGGCGUUUGCGCUGGGGAGCAUCGCGUGUGCCUGGUGGAUCCGCCUCAUGCUCAUCAGGGAGAACAAGAGGAUCGUCGAGGCGGCGGCGGGCGCGCCGGUCAACCUGUAUGGAUACUGA